AUGCGCUACGAACCGGCCGACUUGGAUGGAUGCGCCAGCGAUGACACCGGUAUCGAUAUCCCCACUCCACACUCCCAGUUAUUCUCUGCCAGUUCGCCGCCCUGCUGUACCCAGCCUUCUAGAAAUUACUAUAAUACCCCGGCCUUUGCCCAGCUGCCACAGGUGAUGGAGACUGGUGCAGGCCUGCAGCCGACGUCGUUGUCGCCAUCACAGGCUACGGUGGAUUUCUCGACCACACCGGACUACUUCCAUACAGUCUCCUCUACCUCCCCACAGGCCCUGAUCAUACCUGAGUGUCCGCCUCGCGUGGUGCAUCGAAAGUUUGGUGUUUAUGGCCGACCGCCGGGCCUUUUGGAACAAAUUAAACAUUACCAACAGAUGCACCCAUCGGAGUAUGAUGAAGAGAGCUAUCUAGCCCAACAGCAGCCCACCUGA